CUUUAUUUCGGUUUCUGCUCCCUCCCGCCACUUUUCUCUUUGGUUCUCUUCGCACAGAUUACUACCACUCGUUUUAAGUGUUCUCCUCACACCGGUGGACGCUUAUGUGACUGGCGUGCAGAUUAGAGCAUGACCCACAGCUCCAUUGACUCGUAUUACCCAGAGCUUGUAGAGUUCAAAUAUCUAAUUUUACACAGAUGACGAAACCCAAGAAUGGGUGAAAAGCCCCCUAGGUUGGCAAAUGGCUUUUAAGUUGGGUCAAACUAGAUAAUAAGAACUGUUAUGAACCAAUUGAAGCAAAUUCAUGCUUACAGCCUCAGAAACGGCCUAGAUCACACAAAGUUCCUCAUUGAAAAGCUUCUGCAAUUACCAGAUCUUCCGUAUGCUUGCACCCUGUUUGUCCAAAUUCCUAAGCCAUCUGUUUAUCUCUACAACAAGUUCAUUCAAACAUUUUCUUCAAUUGGUCAACCCCAACGAUGCUGGUUGCUUUACUGUCAAAUGUGUUUCCAAGGUUGCUCUCCAAAUCAGUAUUCAUUCACCUUUCUCUUUCCCGCCUGCGCUUCCCUUUUUAAUGUUUACCCAGGUCAGAUGCUUCAUUCUCAUUUCUGUAAGUCAGGAUUUGCUUCUGAUAUAUUCGCUAUGACGGCAUUGUUGGACAUGUAUGCAAAAUUGGGAAUGUUGAGGUGUGCGCGCCAACUGUUUGAUGAAAUGUCUGUUCGAGAUAUACCCACCUGGAAUUCGUUGAUUGCGGGUUAUGCAAGGUCCGGGCAUAUGGAGGCUGCGUUAGAAUUGUUCAACAAAAUGCCGGUAAGAAAUGUGAUUUCCUGGACAGCGUUGAUAUCUGGGUAUGCACAACAUGGGAAGUACGCGAAGGCCUUGGAGAUGUUUAUAGGAUUGGAAAAUGAGAAAGGCACUAAGCCAAAUGAGGUGUCCAUAGCAAGUGUUCUUCCUGCCUGUUCUCAGCUUGGGGCUUUGGAUAUUGGGAAGAGGAUUGAAGCAUAUGCAAGAAAUAAUGGAUUUUUCAAAAACAUGUAUGUGAGCAAUGCGAUACUGGAAUUGCAUGCUAGGUGCGGGAACAUCGAGGAGGCGGGGCGAAUUUUUGAUGAGAUUGGAAGCAAACGAAACUUGUGCUCGUGGAAUACCAUGAUAAUGGGAUUGGCUGUGCAUGGAAGAUGCAUUGAUGCUCUUCAGCUUUAUGAUCAAAUGUUGAUACAGAAAAUGAGACUGGACGACGUGACAUUUGUAGGGCUUCUCUUGGCUUGCACACACGGAGGCAUGGUUACAGAAGGUCGACAACUCUUUGAAUCAAUGGAGAGUAAGUUUCAAAUUGCUCCCAAAUUGGAGCACUAUGGCUGCUUGGUAGAUUUAUUAGGGAGAGCUGGAGAGCUACAUGAAGCUUACAAUCUCAUUCAAAACAUGCCAAUGGCUCCUGACUCUGUUAUAUGGGGAACUCUUUUGGGAGCUUGUAGCUUCCAUGGAAAUGUUGAAUUGGGUGAAGUAGCAGCUGAGUCCCUCUUCAAGCUUGAGCCAUGGAACCCUGGAAAUUAUGUCAUUCUUUCUAACAUUUACGCCAAGGCUGGUGAUUGGUCUGGAGUUGCAAGGUUAAGGAAGAUGAUGAAAGGAGCACAUAUUACAAAGAGAGCAGGAUAUAGUUAUAUUGAAGUGGGAGAUGGGAUUCAUGAGUUCAUUGUAGAAGAUAGAUCACAUUUGAAGAGUGGUGAAAUAUAUGCUUUACUUCAUAGGAUUUAUGCCAUUAUUAAACUUCAUCACGAUCAAAACGAAGAUGAAGAACUACUCAAUUCUUAUUAAUGAUCAAUAAGUGCAACUACCAGGGAGGAUAAGAACUCUCUUUCAAGUCCUAAAGAUAAGCGGAGAAAAAGGAACAUCAACGGAGACAAUAAACAAUUCCAUUAAAGGGAUGAAAAUAUAUGGAGAGGGCCAAACCAGCGAAACAAUUAGAAUCACCCCUUAUUAUGUCACAUAUGCAAGGACCAACAUAGAGUAAGAGAAUGCCUCAACCAAGUAGAAUUUAAUGCCUUUCAAGCAUCAUUAGCUUUUGAUUUGAACGGUAAAUCUGUUAUUCUUGGGUUUGAUGCCCUAAAUCUCGUGGUUUUGUAGUUUGUAAUUGUAUAUACAAGCAUUUUAUUUAUCUAAUAAAAUAAAGUGUUUUAUUUUA